GGGGCUUUCCCGGCGCGGAUCAGUCGUGGCCGGCGGUGCCGGAGGCCAAAGACUUUCGCGAGGGUGGACGCGCCGCGUUUUCUCUCGCACACCGUGAGAUCCACUCUCCUUUACCUCUCUCUCUCUCCCCCUACCUGUUUCUCUCUCUCUCUCUCUUUUUCUGUCUCUCUCUCUCUCUCUCUCUCUCUCUCUCUCUCUCAUUUUCUCUUUCUUUUUCGCUCUUUCGUUUUCUCUCUCGCAUAUCUCGUACGAACGACCGUUCGUUCGUUCGUUCGUUCGUUCGUUCGUUCGUUCGUUCGUACGUACGUACGUACGUUCGUUCGUUCGUUCGUUCGUUCGUUCGUUCUCGUCGUGUUGUUACGUCGAGAAUACAGAAAAACGUGGAUAUUUUUUCUUGUUGUUGUUGUGUUGUUCUUCUAUAUUCUUCUUCUUCUUCUCCUCUUUUCUAUUUUCUCCGAGUUGCCGUGCAAGAUCAGCGAACGGCGUUCCGCGUGCAAUUCUCGCCUCGCCGGACCAAACAACACAAAGGAAGAAGUUUGCGAGAAUAAAUCUCGUGAUUCAUUAAUUCGAAUUAAACGAACUUAACUUUCUUUGCAUUUUCUCAAUUGUUCUCGAUCGGAUAUUUUUCUUUUUUGCUGUUUAUUUGUCAUAUUCAUUUUCUUUUGCCUUUCCUUUUGCUUCUCCUUUUUUUGUCUUCCAUUUCUUUUCGUUUCUUCUUUCUCUCACUUUCGUUAAGUCAAUAAAUCUCACGCCUAUGAGAUUCCGCACCGAUACCGCGUAUUACCUCGUGGCCGGCUACUCCGACAACGCGUCGUGCUCGAUCAUCCAACGACCUCGUGAACGUUCGUCGAAGACGCCGGCGCAUCGUCGUUUUCUCGAUACCGAUUUUAAUUGCUCUCGAAAUAUAGACGUAUUAUUAUUUCGGGUGUGAUAGGUAAUAAAAAAGUAGCCGACUAAGAUUGACUAUUUGGUGAUCACGUCGUGGUCGAGUGAAGAGGUCAACUUUAAUGGAGACAUCGUGUUUCGGAGGUAUCAACUAAAAUAGGACUUUCUAAGGGCGGGAGAGAGAAAGAAAAAAGGUUACCGGCCUAGUUCAAGAAUAGGAGCAUAAGAAGGAUGUUGGCCCGAUGUUUGAUAUUAGCCGGUGCAGCUGCUGUUGUGACAUCCGCCGGUGGGCAUGGUUUCGAUGCACAUCUACGUGGUCCGAGUUUCCUCAUAGAACCACCAUCGAGGGUGGAAUUUUCGAAUUCGAGCGGUGCCUGGCUGGAUUGCACGGCAUCCGGAAGUCCCCCGCCUAAUAUCGACUGGUCCACUGCAGAUGGACAUCCGGUAAAUGACGUACCAACCGUGCGAAGGGUACUCAGGAAUGGUACACUCGUCCUCUUACCCUUUCCGGCAGCAGCUUAUCGUCAAGACGUGCACAGUGCAGCUUACAGAUGCGUCGCAAGUAACUCCGUUGGAAGGGUACUUAGUCGUGACGUCCAAGUUAGAGCAGUUGUCGCUCAGGCCUACAAAGUGGACGUGGAGGUAAUCGGAGGUGCAUCGAGAGGAUGCACGGCGAUACUAAGAUGCGUCGUUCCUAGUUUCGUCAAAGAUUUGGUGCGUGUUGUGUCCUGGUUACAGGAGCCAUCUUUCUACAUUUAUCCUUCGUUACAAGGAGAUGGAAAAUUUCAUCUACUACCAACCGGAGAACUUCUCGUUCACAGUCUCGAAUUUAGCGAUCAAAUACACGGAUAUAGAUGUCAAACGAUGCACCGACUGACCAGACAAGUGGUUGUUAGUUCGGUCGCUAAUAUUAGAAUAGCCGAUCACAGGGGAGUAAUGCCUCCGGUGAUGCUCGAAAAUUCAGGCGUCGUUCACGUCGCUCAAGACGAAUCAACGUCAUUGGUCUGCGUGGCACAAGCUUGUCCACCUCCCGAAUAUCGGUGGUAUGCACAGACAGGUGCUGAACCUAUGCUUGUCUUGUCUGGACCGAGAACUCGAUUACUCGGUUCUAUGCUGGCCAUAGAAGCCGUAACGCUGGAAGAUAGUGGUAUUUAUAGAUGCUCCGCAUCAAAUCCUGGUGGUGAAGCCAGCGCUGAAAUCAGACUCAUAGUGACUGCACCGCUUCACGUCGAAGUAACACCACCCUUGUUGAGCGUUCAUUUGGGAGGUAACGCUGAAUUUACUUGUGAGGUUGGUACACAUCCUCAAGCUGGUCCGCACUUUAUCACCUGGUACAAGGACGGCAGGCAGCUUCCAGGAACAGGAAGGCAAUCAGAAUUAUUGAGGCUAAAUGGUAUAGGUAGAGAAGACAGAGGAAUGUAUCAGUGCAUCGUCAGAAGGUCAGAGGGUGACACUGCCCAGGCCUCCGCGGAAUUACAAUUGGGAGACGCCCCACCAGUUCUUCUCUAUUCGUUCAUCGAACAGACGCUUCAACCAGGACCAGCCGUGUCAUUAAAAUGUUCCGCUGCUGGAAAUCCUACGCCGCAGGUUACGUGGGCUUUAGAUGGUUUCCCCUUACCAACAAAUGGAAGGUUCGUCAUAGGGCAAUACGUGACAGUACACGGUGAUGUAAUAUCGCACGUUAACAUUAGUCAUGUGAUGGUCGAAGAUGGUGGAGAAUAUUCCUGUACGGCCGAAAAUCGUGCGGGAAAAGUGACGCAUGCUGCACGUCUCAACGUUUACGGUCUACCUUACAUCCGACUGAUUCCAAAAGUAACAGCCGUGGCUGGAGAGAAGCUUCGUUUGAAGUGUCCAGUAGCUGGAUAUCCGAUAGAAGAGAUCAAGUGGGAACGAGCGAACCGCGAAUUGCCAGACGAUCUUCGACAGAAGGUCCUUCCAGACGGUACCUUGGUAAUAAUAAGCGUGCAGAAGAAGAUAGACGCCGGGGUAUACACCUGCUGGGCGCGUAACAAGCAAGGACACAGCGCGAGAAGAUCAGGAGACGUCGCAGUAAUCGUUCCCCCAAAAAUUAGCCCGUUCACGGCAGAUCGCGAUCUUCAUCUCGGCGAACGAACUACCCUAACUUGUUCGGUGACGAGGGGCGAUCUGCCAUUAUCCAUCUCAUGGCUCAAGGAUGGAAGGUCGAUGGGACCAUCGGAACGCGUCACUGUUACCAAUGUGGACCAGUACAAUAGCAUACUGAUGAUUGAAAGUUUAUCUCCAGAUCACAACGGCAACUACUCGUGCGUGGCCCGUAAUCUGGCCGCAGAGGUAUCGCACACGCAGCGGCUAGUGGUUCAUGUACCCCCUAUUAUUGAGCCAUUUACGUUCCAAGAGGGCCUUUCCGAGGGGAUGCGGACGCGGACGGUGUGCGGGGUCGCGGCGGGUGAUCCACCCCUAACCAUAUCCUGGCUGAAAGACGGCCAAAGUCCCUUUUCCUUGCUGCCGAAUCUGGCCUCCGUCGCAAACAUCUCCCAACUGGAUCCUUACUCGAGCCUCCUCAGUAUAACGAACCUCGCGGCCGAGCACUCCGGCGACUAUACCUGCGUCGCCGCGAACCCCGCCGCCGAGGUCAGGUACACGGCCAAGCUACAGGUAAAAGUUCCUCCGCGAUGGAUCGUCGAACCGACAGACAGCAUAAGCGUCGAAAGGAACAGGCAUGUUGCUUUGCACUGUCAAGCACAAGGCGUCCCGACGCCUGUUAUCGUUUGGAAAAAAGCUACGGGAAGCAAAUCUGGCGAAUACGAGGAGUUGCGGGAACGAGCAUACACUAAAAUUCUAAGCAAUGGAACACUCCUCUUACAACACGUAAAAGAGGACAGAGAAGGUUUUUAUCUUUGUCAAGCGAGCAAUGGUAUCGGAUCUGGCAUAGGCAAAGUUGUACAAUUAAAAGUUAAUUCAUCGCCGUAUUUCGCUGCACCCUCGCGAUUGGUAACAAUUAAGAAAGGAGACACCGCUACGUUACAUUGCGAGGUACACGGAGACAAGCCAGUAACCGUAAAGUGGUUGAAAAGCGGAAAAAUUGAAUUAAAUCCUUCGACGAAUUAUCGAGUUACCGUGAACCAGGAAGCAACGCCCGACGGUGUUAUCGCUCAAAUGCAAAUUUCCUCGGCUGAAGCAUCCGACAGCGGAGCGUAUUUUUGUCAAGCUAGCAAUCUUUACGGCCGCGAUCAACAACUCGUACAACUCCUCGUACAAGAACCACCACAACCUCCGAACACUUUAGAAACAGCCAUGGUAGCUAGUCGAAGUAUAAACGUUAAGUGGCAACACAAAUCUCAAGAUACUAGCGAAGUUACCAAAUACAUACUUCAAUAUAAGGAAGGCGAAGGUGGUAUGUGGCAACAACAAGAAUUUGUCGGACCACCUUUACCCUACGCUGCAUUAAUCGACGAUCUUAAACCUGCUACAAUAUACACGAUACGAGUAAUCGCUGAAGGACCAGCAGGUCGUUCGGCUCCUUCAAAGGAACUUUUGGUAAGAACCGAACCUCAAAGACCCGCAGGACCUCCAGUUAAUCUCGCUGCAAGAGCACUUUCUUCCUCGGAAAUUUUGAUUACUUGGUCACCACCGUUGCCCGAACUUCGUCAUGGUGACAUACAAGGCUUUAAUGUCGGCUAUAGAGAGACUAGCUCAGGAAAUCCAUCGUACAAUUUCACUUCUGUGUCCGGAGAUGGUGAAGAAGGGGGCGGUGAACUUCGAUUGACGGGUCUUCGACCUUACACGAGAUACUCCUUGGUCGUUCAAGCGUACAAUCAAGUCGGAUCUGGACCUUUAUCCGAGCCAUUACUAACGCAGACAUUAGAGGAUGUUCCCAGUAAACCACCGGAAGAUGUGAGAUGUGCCGCGCUUACUUCGCAAUCUCUACAAGUAUCUUGGCAACCACCUCCUAAUACUCAUAGUAAUGGCAUUAUUCAAGGUUAUAAAUUGAAUUACGAGCCGAUUUUAGCGGACGCAUGGCGUGGCGUAGAUGAAAUGGAAGUACGUAAAACUAGUGCUUUAACGAUAGUUCUCACAGAUCUAAGGAAAUAUACGAAUUACACGAUACAAGUACUAGCCUAUACGAGAGUAGGAGAUGGAGUUCCUACUACUGUUACUUAUUGCCAGACCGAAGAAGAUGUACCUGGAAGUCCAGCGGAUAUUAAAGUGGUCGUGAGUUCGCCUCAGGCUCUUUUUAUUUCCUGGCUGCCACCAUUGGAACCUAAUGGAAUUAUCACGAAAUACAACCUCUAUACUAGAGUUGUCGACGGUCAGGGAGAAUUAAAUCAUGGCAAGAGGACAUUACCAGCUACGAACACCCAUUUCGAAGCAACGGGUUUGCAACAACACGUAGAAUAUCAAUUUUGGGUAACAGGUAAUACUAGAGUCGGUGAAGGCCAAAGUUCGAAAGUUGCAGCUCAAGUACCAACUAAUCGAGUACCCGCAAGGAUCACAUCCUUUGGUGGUCACGUCGUAAAACCAUGGAGAGGUUCUGCUACUUUAGCUUGUAAUGCGGUUGGCGAUCCUACUAGAGAAUGGUUCAAGGGACCCAUUGAACAAAUUCGAACUGAUACUGCCAGAAACGCACAAAUUUUACCAACCGGCGAACUCGUACUUUCGAAUUUACAAUCGCAAGAUUCUGGAAAUUAUACCUGUCAAGUGGAAAACGCUCAAGGGGGCGAUAAAUUACAUUACACUCUUACGGUGCAAGUUCCACCCAAUGCACCUGUUUUAUAUGUAACGAGUUCAACAUCGAGUAGUAUAUUAUUACAUUGGAAACCUGGUUAUCACGGAGGUGCUCCUCUAACUGGUUACACGUUACAUUAUCGAACAACUCAUGGCAACUUAGAUGAAUUACAUCUCUCUAGACAUGCUACUAAUCACGAACUAAAGGGUCUUUUAUGCGGGAAUACUUAUCAAUUAUAUCUAACAUCGCACAAUAAAAUUGGUAGUAGCCCUUCGUCGCCGGUACUUUCUGUACGAACUCAAGGCCAAGCACCAGGAAUACCACCAUCCGCAGCUUUUCUUAGCCCUAACUCGACGACGUUGGUUCUAAGAUUACACGUUUGGCCUGACAAUGGAUGUCCUAUACUUUACUUCGUCAUUCAGUACAGACCUGCAAAUGAAUUUCAUUGGACUUUAGUAUCUAACAGCGUUAAAAUGCAACGAAGAUACGUCGUAACAAAUCUAACACCUAGCACGGUUUAUCAAUUAAAGGUCGAAGCUCACAACGUUGCUGGAAGCAAUCAGGCGGAAUUCAGUUUCGUGACAUUGACGAAGGAAGGUGAACCACCGCCUCCAGAAUUAUCGAAACCUGGAAUAGCAUCUGUUAUACCGUUCUACGCGGAUGUAAAAGUUAUGCUGCCUUUGAUAAUCGCUACAAUUGCUCUGGUCACGGCGGCCGUAAUAGUUGCUUUCCGUUGGCGAAACAGGUAUCUGGGAGACAGAGUUCAAAGACCGAUGAAGGAGUCCCAAGAAAAUCAACAAAACGCGGAAACACAACGAGAACGUUAUUACGCAACUAUUCACAAGGUCGCCCUGCAACAGGCAGCGAAUACGGGUGCAGGGCCCGACAAGAUUCCAGAGACAGCGGAGGACAUCUCGCCGUACGCUACGUUCCAGCUUUCGGAGGGUGGCGGGGGAAGCCUGGCAGGGCUGGGAGGAUUGGGAGGACUGGGAGGCGCGGCGGAAGCAUCUGCGGCAGGACUACAUCCGAACAACACUCUUCUUCACAGUUUCAUGUAUCACGAGCACGCUAUGACCGAGGGCUGCGCGAGUCCUCCACCAGCGGCAACGAGUAUGAAGAGUGUCUCGUCGAGGAGACGACAACAGAGAAAACAACAAACCCCGGGCGACGUCGAGAGCGACGAGAGCGAGUCUGACCCGGAUCAGCUGACGAGCUCUCGCACAGAGUCUUCCAAUCAACUCGACGCUGGCAAACUCAAACACAUUCGAGCCGUUUCAGACUUCAUUUAUCACGGUACGUCGAGCACUUCCUCGGACAUCUCACCGAUGUCGGAACAGAAGUCACUGCCACGAAGAGGACGAUCUAGAUGGCAUGUUCCCAGCAGGAGUUCACUGCGUACGUUGCUUCCGCCAAUAUCGGUUGCGGAGACUGCUUUUGUAGCGGGUAAUCAAGGCAACGUCGUUCCGCAACACGGAAAUGGUGAUCGUCCUGAACUGAGCGAGGCCGAAUGUGACAUCGAUUCUUUGAAGAAGCUCAAAUUAGGCCUUAGGAGUUCCCUUUGGUCAAGACCGAGCACUCAAAAUAAUCCUUCCUCCGAUUACUCUAUCGCCGUCUAACUUCUCGCGCAUUACCACGAUCGACCGAAUACUCUAAAUUCUCUUCCAAAAGACCCUUUCAUCCCUUUUCGUGGUCCAAAUUAAAUAGAUAAAGAAUACAAUUUAAUCUUCUUUCCGUGUCUCGUCGAGAAGCUAUGAUGCAUAUAUAAAGAACAGCGAAUGAGAGAGAUAAAUAGAUGGAGAGAAAAAAAGAGAAAGAGAGAAAAAGAGAGAGAGAGAGAAAGAGAGAAAAUAGUUAAACACGCUAUUAAUGAGUGCGCGAUUUAAAAAUUCGGUUUAAUCCAAACGCAUGACACGACGAGACGCGUUAUACGUUGAACUUGUGCGUGUUAGAAAUGGGCGUGCGUGAACACGAUCUAUACAAAUUUCUAGUCGUAUAUAUACGCGUGAGUGCCAAAGAAAAUAAAAAUAAGAAAAGAAAUGAUAAAAUAUACUCGUAUGGUACGAAUGGAACCGUGCGAAAUUUGGAAGUUCGUAUAAUGCGAUGAGAGGACGUAAGGAGACACCAAGAGAAGAGAUUAAUCUUCUUCGUCUUUCACGUACCUUCGUAAUAAUAUAUACAUACAUAUACAGGUAUAUAUAUAUAUAUAUUUCUCGCGACCACUUUUAUCCGAGCGAUGAUAAUCGAAGACACAUAUCGAUCGGCUAUCGAAAAGUAGCCGUGUGACGUCCUUCGUAUCGCCAAAAUCGAAAACUCUUUUUACGCAUAACAAAACGUAUCGCGAUCACCGUGAUACGUCGAAAGAGACUGAUUUUAUCUCUAGUUUAUAAAAUUUUCCGAAUUAUUUAUUCGACUUGUUCAAUAAGGAUAUCUUCUUGUACGGUGUCAUCUUCCUUCCUAACAUCGCAACGAAACACGCGAACGGACGGUACGAAGAGCCAAAGAAAAGAGAAUAUACAUAUAGGUCGAGGGAUUAAUAAAGAAAAGAAAAAAAGAAAAAUACAGCAAGAAAAAAAGAAACGAGAAAUUAAAUAUUGGAACGUAGGGAUAGAAAGAUGGAGAUGAUUUUCGUCCUCGGGACGAGAUUGGAUGAAUCGUUGGACUCUGUUACAUUGUAAGAGUUUAUAACGUACGAGUACACAUCGUUAAUUACUUUAAGUCCGUUAUGAUCCUAAAAGACUUCUAAAUAGGACGUUUUUCCGUGCGACGAAGAUGAGAAUCUAGUAAGGAUGGAGUGGACUUCACCCAACUCUACGAAUUAUUAUUGUCCACUCCUCGAGUUUAGAGAAAGAGAGAAAUAGAAAAAAGGGAGAGUAAACAAAAAAAUAGAUAAAGAAAGAGAAAAAAAAAGAUAAAACGAGAGAGGCGCGGAAAGCCGUAUCUCUCUUCGAAUGUCGCGCACGCUCGUAAAAAGAAAAAAAAAGAAAAAAAAAUUCAUCUAAUUGUCAGUAAAAUAAAAAAGAAUAUCACUCGAUCGCUGUUGCUAUCUUGCGUCCGUUCAACUUUCGCUCGGCCGAUGAUAAAAGGGAGAAAGAAAAUUAAUUCGAUUUUCAUCGAAUCGGUGGCCGUAAGUCGUCGUCGAUAGAGUAAAUAGAGGUUAGUAGACCUUAACGAUUCCAAGUUCCAAAAUAUUUUCACGACACUGCCAAUCUGCAGACUAUCGAAUGGAUCCAAUAAUAAUCUUGACUGAUCUCCAUUGUCUUUCGUAGCGAUCACAUUUUUUCCGAAAGACUGCUUUUUGCGUAAAAUACUACGCUACUACUUGGGAACACAUUACACCAAGAUUAAUAAUUAUAAAUAAGAUAUUCGUUGGCCAAUCAUAGUGAUUACUACCCUAAACUAAUAAAAAAGAAAAAAGAAAAAAAAGAAAAAAACAGUGCGCGACAAUGCGAAGACGAGGCCAAAAGGUAUACGCGUAUAAUGAAUGUGUGAGAGAGCACGGGGACGAUGAAGUUUGGUUGAAGACGUUUCGUCUCUCGGUGCAUUUUCAAAAAUCGACGAUUCAAAGUGUAUAGAUGUAGUAAUAAUAAAAAAAAAAUUGAAUGAAAAAAUAAAAAAAAAAGGAUUAUCAUGGAAAAUAUCUUCAACGAAGUUUUAUCGUCAUUCUUUAAAGAACUCGGAGCGAAGACGCGCGUUACGUACAGAGAUACGUUGCGUUGGUGUAUAUAAAAUAAUAAUAAAAAAAAAUGAAAAAAAAAGAAG